CUGCGUGGCUUUUUGCGCCCUCACUCGCGCUUUUUCCGCGCAUGCGCAUCAUCCAUCCGAGUCUUUCCGGAACGGGACGGUUUUUAGGUUAUUACCGAGGAAACAUGUCGGCGUCCAGCUGCAGCUACCAGCGCGUGAGCCGGGUCAUCUUCGACAUGGACGGACUGCUGCUCGACACGGAGCGCCUGUACACCCAGUCCUUCCAGGAGAUCUGCCAGCGCUUUGGGAAGCAGUACACGUGGGCCAUCAAGUCCUCGGUGAUGGGGAAGAAGGCGCUGGACGCCGCGCAGAUCAUCCGGGACGCCCUGGAGCUCCCCAUGAGCGCCGAGGAGCUCCUGUCUGAGAGCAGGAGCAUCCAGGAGCAGAUCUUUCCCUCCGCCGAGCUCCUUCCAGGUGUGGAGAGGCUGGUCAGGCACCUGAAGAAGCAUGGCGUGCCCAUCGCCGUGGCGACCAGCUCCGCCGGGGUCACGUACGAGCUGAAGACCAGCCGGCACAAAGACUUCUUCGCCCUCUUCCACCACGUCGUCCUGGGCGACGACCCCGAGGUGAAGGGCGGGAAACCCCAGCCCGACUCCUUCCUGGUGUGUGCCGGCAGGUUCGACCCCCCCGCUCCUCCGGAGACGUGUCUGGUGUUCGAGGACGCUCCCAACGGGGUGAAGGCCGCGCUGGCUGCUGGGAUGCAGGUGGUGAUGGUCCCCGACCCAAACCUGGACCCCAGCCUGACCCUGGAGGCCACGCUGCGGCUCGGGAGCAUGGAGGACUUUGAGCCCCAGCUCUUCGGCCUGCCGGCGUUCGACUGAGUCAUAGAGGGGAGAGAAGAUCCUAAGAGCUGCUUCUUCAGGAUUUGAAACUCCUGCAUGUCCACUUCAGGACAUCUGUCUGAUGAGAGUUCAUGAAUGAGGUUUACAAACAGAUGGUCCACCUGCAGAGCUCAGAAGAUCCUCACAUACAUUGUUGGAGACUCCUCCCACUCUGCUGGUCUUCAGGCGCGUCUGGAAUGAAGUUGAGCCCGUCUCUGAUGACACAGACGUCACCUUAAAGUCACCAACAGUUCAUCUACUGGAUCUAGAAGUCGAGUCAGAGUGACUGCACUUGAAUCUUCUACAUGUGAAUAAAAGGUGUUUUCAUCAUG